AGCCACACGAUAGCUUUGGCUUUGGUUGCAGACUGUUGACAAUGGCUACUUCUUCGCUCAUUUCCUCCCCAUCACUUCUUCCAACUAAGCCCUUAACAAUUCAUCGCCAAAAUCAGUAUCAUAACACGACAACCUUCAGAAAUCGAAUAUCCUUCAAGGUUCUAGCUGCCAAGCUUCCUGCUGGUAAAAUUCAGGUUGAAGUGCCAAAAGUAGAACCAAAAUUCAAAGCACCAUUUCUUGGAUUUACGAGGACAGCUGAAAUAUGGAAUUCCAGGGCUUGUAUGAUUGGCAUAAUUGGUGUUUUCAUUGUAGAACUGAUUAUAAACAAGGGAAUACUUCAGACAAUUGGGGUAGAUGUCGGCAAAGGUCUUGACAUUCCUCUGUAAAGAUUCAACCCAAGGAAACAAGCACGAUAGCUCUAUCUAAAUGGCGCUUUAUUGUGAACCAAGUAAACAUAUUUUUGUUGUAUUAAAAAUCACAACACGUUAUGUAUUCCAUAUCUUAAUUCUGUAACACUUUUGACUAUCAUAUGAAGUACUUCACGUUUGCCGUGUUCAAGCUUCAAA